CGAAAUCGGUGCUGCUGCUGGGGGUAACGGAGGUGGACCUACAACCACCACCACCAUAAACAACAACAACAACAACAACAGCAGCAACAACAACAGCAACAGCAACGAUCCGGGCGGCGUCGCGGCGAGGCAACCCGUCGCGAAGCAGCUCCGGACGAACGAGGAGGACGAGGACAUUACGGAGCGCGAGGACGACGAAGAGGAGGACGAAGAGCCGAGCUCCCCAGAGCCAGAGCUCGUCCCGGUACCCGAGCCCAUGGAGGUCCAAACGUCCGCGGUGUCCGCCGCCGCGGCGAACCUUCACGCCCUUCGGCAGCACGUGUUCAAGAUGACCGACUACUGGCAACAGCCGCAACGCGGCCCGCCAACGCAGCACUCCCCGGCCAUGCAGCAACACAGUCCCCAACUCCAACAAAACUCCCAACAGCAGCAGCAGCAGCAGCAGCAGAACCACAGUCAGCAGCAGCAGCAGCCAAGCUCGAUGCACAACAGUCCAUUGAGCCAGCAACAGCAGGCCAGUGCGGCCCAUCAGCAGCACAAUGCCAACGGUGGACUCAAUCAGAGCACCGCGGCACAAAUGCAACAACAGCAGCAACAGCAACAGCAUGCAAUGUCGAUGAGCCAAGGCAGUCAGCAGGGGGCCCAGCAUCAGUCGUCCCCAGCACCGACGACGCCCUCGCCACAGGCCGACCAGCACCACCAGAACGCGAUAGCCUCGAGUAUGGCCCAGAGCUUGCACAACCUCGCCCAAGCGCAGGCCCAGGCGGCCCAAGCGGCGGCGCAGCAGUCCAUGUCCCAGGCGUCGAGUCCCUCACUGGCGGCCCAGGCGGUCCAGGCUGCCCAAGCCCUGAACCAAAACCUCGGCCAAGCGCUCACCCAGGCCCUCCAGCAGAACAUGCAGCAGAACCUUGGCCAGACGCUCCAGCACAAUCUCGCCCAGAGUCUCACGCCGAGUCUCUCGCCCCAACAGCAGCAGCAGCAGCAGCAGCAGCAACAGCAACAGCAACAACAACAGCAGCAGCAGCAAUUGCUCAACCAGCCGCAGAAUCUGAGCCAAGCGAGCCAGAGCUUGCAGCAGAGCAUGCAGCAGCAGGCCCAGAACCUCACCCAGACGCUCCAGCAGCAGGCCCAGAAUCUCACGCAGAGCCUUAAUCAGCAGACGAUGCAGCAGCAGGCCCAAAAUUUGACGCAGAAUUUGGCACAGCAGGCGCAGAACCUCACGCAAAAUCUGCAGCAGCAGGCGCUCAACAUGGCCAACUCCAUCAGCCAGAACGGGGCGCUAGCGGGCAUGAACGUGCCGGGGGCCCAGCAGCAGCCCAACUCCCAGAACUCGAUGCUAAGCCCGAGUGCUGGCAGUCAGGACUCGCACGACGCCACUUUGGCCGAGAAGCUGGUCAACGAGCUUCAGUCCCGAGCAGCCGGACUCUUGGGUAACGUCGCCGCUGGCGGUGGAGGCGGGACAGGAGGAACCGGCGGUGGUUUGUCCAACCUCAGCGAUCGCACCCUCGAGGAAUGCUGGUCGACGCUGCAGCGAUUCAUUUCGCAGAUCUUCAUGCACAAGAACGCGAUGCAGAUGCACGCGCGUGAACUAAGUGCGGCCGGGGGUCUCGGUGCCGGUCGGCCAGGCGGCGCAGGGGGCGUCGGUGGCGGACUCGGCGGCUUGGGCGGCGGCCUCGGGGUCGGGGUCGGGCCCGGGGGCAUGAUCACCGGGAACGAGGUCAAGCCCCACCAGUGCCAGCAGUGCCUCAAAUCUUUCUCGAGCAAUCACCAGCUCGUCCAGCACAUAAGGGUCCACACCGGCGAGAAGCCGUACAAGUGCAGCUACUGCGAUCGCAGGUUCAAACAGCUCAGCCACGUACAGCAACACACGAGGCUACACACCGGUGAACGGCCGUACAAGUGCCACCUACCCGAUUGCGGGCGGGCCUUCAUCCAGCUGUCGAAUCUCCAGCAGCACCUAAGGAAUCACGACGCGCAGGUGGAGCGCGCGAAGAACCGGCCGUUCCACUGCAACAUUUGCGGCAAGGGCUUCGCCACGGAGUCCAGCCUCAGGACCCACACGUCCAAGGUCAGUCAUAAUCAUUGCCAAAUGCUACUUCCGUCACAAUUACUGCCGAAUCAAGUUGACAUUCGGGAGCUGCAACAGCGUGUCGUGUUCCAGCAACACAACUCACUCAUCGGCGGCCCGAGUGCCACCAGCUGUCCGGUGUGCCACAAGCUCUGUCUGGGCGGCGAGGCCCUCAUGGAGCACAUGAAGGUCACGCACAAGGACCCCAACGCGUCGGGCGUAGCCAUUCCCACUGCUGACUGCACGACCUCCGUUGCCGGGGUUUACUUAGCAAAGCGUCGCACCGCAAACCACCCGUGCCCCGUCUGUGGCAAGCACUACGUCAACGAGGGCAGUCUCAGGAAACACCUCGCCUGCCACCCGGAGACCAGCCAGCUCAGCACGAGCCUGAGGAUGUGGCCGUGCUCCGUUUGCCAAUCCGUUUUUACGAACGAAAGUGGCCUACUCACGCACAUGGAGCACAUGAGGAUGGACCCGAAGCACCAGUUCGCGGCACAGUACGUCCUGAGCCGGGCCGCCGCGGAGAGGCGGGAACGCGAGCUCCUCGCAGGUACGAGUCUGGAACGUUACCUCUCGUGUUCGGGGACCGGAUUGGGCGUCCUCGGGAGCCAGAUGGGAGGGCCCCAGAACCUGCAGCAGCCACCCAUGUGCCCGUCGCCGUCAGCCCACUCCGACAGCAGCAGCGGCAACGGCCGAUUAUCGUCGGCCGGCAGCGAACCUGAUUUUUACGCAGGCGCCGGUUUGUUGAACAACAACAACAACAAUAACAACAACAACAACAUGGCCUCGCCGGGGCCGAGCGGCAACAAGCUCAGCGAGAUGCUCAGGGCCGGUAACCAACAGACGACCGCCCAGCAGUACCACGACGAGAUGCAGACGCAACAGCAGCGAAUGGCCGUCAUGGCAGCCGCCGUUUCAGCAGGGCUGCAAAACUCGGUGUCGCCCAACCUGUCACCAGCCGACGUCGCGUCCCUGGCAGCGGCGAUGAGGAUGGGCAACAACGGGGACAUGAGCGGCACGGGACAGGGCUCGACGGGCGGCCCGGGCCAGCAGCAGGGCGUCCAAUCCUCGGGCACGGACACCCUCCUGCGCUCUCAGGCCGAGGCUCUGCUGCGCUCCCAAGCGGAGCACGCCAUCAGGCUCGCGGUAUCCCAGGCAGCUGCGGCAGCGGCGAGCUCGGCGAACGACAUGCGACAUCACCUGGGCCAGCACAAUGGCGGCGGGGCGACCGGCAUACCCGGACACCACACCAACCAGCAGCUGUCCCAGCAGGACCAGCUCUCCCCCGACAUAGGUGAGCCCCUGCGCCUUCAACAACUGAGCACCGAGCAGAGACUGGAGCACGCCCUCAGGCUCCACAGCGAUCCCCGGGCCCUGAGCUUCACUCUCCAGCACGUGGUCAACCAGCAGAACAACCAGCAACCAUGAAAAUUUGGUUACUACUGAGAC